AUUUGGAUAUUUUUUGUUCGCCAUUCGAAUUUAAAUUAUUUUAUUUCAAGCAAACAGACCUAGUCUUGUAGUGUUUUGUAAUAUUUUGUAUGAAAGUCUAUUGUGAACUAGGGGAAAGUUUUAGUUGGCCAACAUAUAAGUGUGGAAGAGACAGGUAUGUCCCGAGUGCUUAUAGUUGGAGCUGGACUGACAGGAGGCGUGUGUGCGUGUCUCCUGCGCCGGGGAACAGCUAACCCACUACACAUAGUGGUGUGGGACAAGGCGAGGGGAGCAGGGGGAAGAAUGUCUACAAGCAGAAAUCCAAAUAAUUUGUUUUGCACAGUGGAUCUCGGUGCUCAGUACAUCACUGCCACACCUUAUUAUUCCAAAAUUCACAAAAGUUUUUAUCAAGAACUCCUAACGCAUGGUGUUUUGAAACCCCUUGAGGCCACAGUGGAGGGCAUGAUGGCAAUGGAGGAAGGCACUGAACACUAUGCAACUCCUUCUGGGAUGUCGUCCAUUGUUAAGCACUAUCUCAAAGAGGCAGGAGCCGAGGUGUUCUUCGGUCAUCAAAUCACCCACAUUUACCACAGAGGGCUGUGGUGGGAGGUGCACAGGAAAGGGGGCUCACCAGAGCAGUUUGAUGUGGUGGUUUUAACUAUGCCCGUCCCACAGAUACUACAAUUACAAGGAGACAUUGGCUCCUUGCUGAGUGAGAGUGAGAGGCUGAAACUAGAGGAUGUCAGCUAUUCCUCUCGCUACGCCUUGGGGCUUUUCUACAAAGCCGGCGUGCAGAUCGGAGUCCCCUGGGUGGCCAAGUAUGUCUUCAAUAAUCCCUGCAUUCGCUACAUCGCUAUAGAUGAUAAAAAGAGCAAUUUAGUGUCAGAAGAGUUUGGUCGCUCUGUGGUGGUGCACACCAGCGUGCCCUUUGGCUUGAAGCACUUGGAGCAGGCAAAAGAGGAAGUUCAGGCCAUAAUCCUACAAGAGCUGCAGAUGGUGUUGCCAGGCUUCCCUGAACCUGAGACCAUCAAGUGCCAAAAAUGGAGAUACUCUCAGGUGACAAGAUCAGUGGCUGACUGCCCGGGGCAGAUGACACUGCUCGCCAAGCCUCUGCUGGUGUGCGGGGGCGACGGCUUCACACACUCCAAUUUCGACGGCUGCAUCGAGUCAGCCCUGAAGCUCUUUGAGGUUCUGAAGUCCUCUCUCUAAAGCCGCCAUUGGGAGGGAACGCGGUAUUUUUGGGGGCAGAGGAACUGGAACGGGUUUACCAGGGAUGAUUCAGACACAGCACCUCCUACGCAUGUACUGUAUGAAGAACAGUGAUACUGUUGGGCAGAAAAACCAAUUACGUUACUGCUUGAGAUUCAGAGAAUUAGAAGAUCGAAUAAACUGUGAAGUACAGGUUCGAAAAAUACUCCUUAUAUUGAUUUUAUAUAAUAGCGGUGUUGAACACAAACAGACAUUCAGGUUUCCUAAUAUGUAAUGUAAAUGUUGAAUGAUUUUUGUCUUUGAAUAAUGUUGCCCUUGGGUUCUGAGAUUUAAGAAAACAAUAAAAAAAAUCCUUAACACAUUA